CCUCAGAUCAGUUGCACACAGACACCAGGACUGACCAGGAAGAAACGAGCAGCUUCUUCUCUCCCAGUGUUUCCUCCACACAUGAAGCUGGAAAGUGUCUGUAAGUUGACCUGAGGGAGAGCAGAUGGCAACACCUACAAAGGACAUCUUGGAUACUUUGGGGGAUUUGGGAGAGGAUGACUUUAAAAAAUUCAAGUGGCUCCUGCAGCAGGAGGGAGUCCUGGAAGGCUUCCCAACACUCAAAAAGAGUCGAUUGGAGAAUGCAGACAGGAUGGACACAGUGGAUCAGAUGCACCAGGCCUACGGUACAAACACCAUGAAAGUGACCAGAAUGGUUUUGGGGAAAAUGAAUCAGAAUGAUCUAGAGAUUCUUGCUGAGUGUCAGGUUAAACUCAAAAUCAACCUGAAGAAGAAGUUUCAACAGCUCUUUGAGAAAAUCACAAAAGCAGGACAUUCGAUAUCGCUAAAUGAGUUCUACACUGAGAUCGAUAUCUUGAUGGAAGAAACAGGAGAGGUCAACAUGGAACAUGAAAUCAGACAGAGUGAAACAACAACAUGGAAACCAGCAACACAGGAAACAAGCAUCAAUUGUAAAGACAUCUUUAAAGCUUCACUGGGAAGAGAUGAAACAAUCAGAACAGUGAUGACACAGGGAGUGGCUGGCAUCGGGAAAACAGUCUUAACACAGAAGUUCACUCUGGACUGGGCUGAAGACAAAGACAACCAGGACAUACAGUUCACAUUUCCAUUCACUUUCAGAGAGCUGAAUGUGCUGAGAGAGAAAAAGUUCAGCUUGGUGGAACUUGUUCAUCACUUCUUCACUGAAACCAAAGAAAUCUGCAGCUUCGAAGAGUUCCAGGUUGUGUUCAUCUUUGAUGGUCUGGAUGAGUGUCGACUUCCUCUGGACUUCCACAACACUGAGAUCCUGACUGAUGUUAGAGAGUCCACCUCUGUGGGUGUGCUGCUGACAAACCUCAUCAGGGGGAAACUGCUUCCCUCUGCUCGCCUCUGGAUAACUACACGACCUGCAGCAGCCAAUCAGAUCCCUCCUGGGUGUGUUGACAUGGUGACAGAGGUCAGAGGGUUCACUGACCCACAGAAGGAGGAGUACUUCAGGAAGAGAUUCAGAGAUGAGGAGCAGGCCAGCAGAAUCAUCUCCCACAUCAAGAAAUCACGAAGCCUCCACAUCAUGUGCCACAUCCCAGUCUUCUGCUGGAUCACUGCUACAGUUCUGAAGAACAUGUUUAAAACCAGAGAGGGAGGAGAGCUGCCCAAGACUCUGACUCAGAUGUACAUCCACUUCCUGGUGGUUCUGUACAAAUUGAAGAACGUCAAGUAUGAUGGAGGAGCUGAGAGAGAUUCACACUGGACUCCAGAGAGCAGGAAGAUGAUUGAGUCUCUGGGGAAACUGGCUUUUGAGCAGCUGCAGAAAGGAAACCUGAUCUUCUAUGAAUCAGACCUGACAGAGUGUGGCAUCAAUAUCAGAGCAGCCUCAGUGUACUCAGGAGUGUUCACACAGAUCUUUAAAGAGGAGAGUGGACUGUACCAGGACAAGGUGUUCUGCUUCGUCCAUCUGAGUGUUCAGGAGUUUCUGGCUGCUCUUCAUGUCCAUCUGACAUUCAUCAACUCUGGAGUCAAUCUGCUGGCAGAAGCAACACGGUGGUCUAAAUUAUUUAGAAAUAAACCUAAACCUACAGAUCUCCACCAGAAUGCUGUGGACAAGGCCUUACAGAGUCCAAAUGGACACUUGGACUUGUUCCUCCGCUUCCUCCUUGGUCUUUCAUUGGAGACCAAUCAGAAUCUCCUAAGAGGUCUGCUGACACAGACAGGAAGUAGCUCAGAGACCAAUCAGGAAACAGUCCAGUACAUCAAGAAGAAGAUCAGUGAUAAUCUGUCUCCAGAGAGAAGCAUCAAUCUGUUCCACUGUCUGAAUGAACUGAACGAUUGUUCUCUAGUGGAGGAGAUCCAACAGUACCUGAGAUCAGGAAGUCUCUCCACAGAUAAACUGUCUCCUGCUCAGUGGUCAGCUCUGGUCUUCAUCUUACUGUCAUCAGAGAAAGAUCUGGACGUGUUUGACCUGAAGAAAUACUCUGCUUCAGAGGAGGCUCUUCUGAGGCUGCUGCCAGUGGUCAAAGCCUCCAACAAAGCUCUACUGAGUGGCUGUAACCUUUCACAGAGAAGCUGUGAAGCUCUGUCUUCAGUUCUCAGCGCCCAGUCCUCUCGUCUGAGAGAGCUGGACCUGAGUGAUAACGACCUGCAGGAUUUAGGAGUGAAACUGCUGUCUUCUGGACUGAAAAGUUCAUAAUGUAAACUAGAAAUUCUCAGACUUUCAGGCUGUCUGAUCACAGAGCAAGGCUGUGAUGCUCUGGCCUCAUCUCUAAACUCCAACCCAUCCCAUCUGAAAGAGCUGGACCUGAGCUACAAUCAUCCGGGAGACUCAGGAGUGAAGCUGGUGUCUGCAAUAAAACACAAUCCAGACAGGAAACUGAAAACGCUUUUGAUCGACCAUGGUGGAGAACAGAGACUGAAACCUGGUCUGAAGAAGUAUUUCUGUGAACUCACAGUCGACACAAACACAGUGAACGGACGUCUCAAACUGUCUGACAACAACAAGAAGGUGACAGUGGUGAGCGAGUAUCAGCCAUAUCCUGAUCAUCCAGAGAGGUUUGACUACUUCUGGCAGCUACUGUGUAAAAAUGGUCUGACUGGUCGCUGUUACUGGGAGGUCGAGUGGAGAGGAGAGGUUUAUAUAACAGUGACAUACAGAGGAAUCAGAAGGAAAGGAAGCAAUUCUGACUGCUUGUUUGGAUUGAAUUACCAGUCCUGGAGUCUGAAGUGCUCUGAUGAUGAAGAGUAUUUCUGUGUCCUGCACAAUAACAGAAAAACAGUCCCCCCUCUCUCCUCCUCUGACUAUGGUAGAGUAGCAGUGUAUGUGGACUGUCCUGCUGGCACUCUGUCCUUCUACAUAAUCUCCUCUGACACAUUGAUCCUCCUCCACACCUUCAACACCGCAUUCACUGAAUCUCUUUUUCCUGGGUUUGGAUUCUGGUCUGGUUCCUCAGUGACUCUGUGUUCAGUGUAAGAGGAAGAGUCUUGUCCUGUAUUCACAACAUUAACAGCAACUAAAAUAACAAUUUUCCAUGUGCGUCCUCACAUACAAACAACUGACAAUGAUACUAUAACCAUUUCUAUCCUGUCAGUUUUGUUUUUGUUUCUAUUGUGAAAGUGCUUUACUCUAUGUAAAACUGGUAUAUUUAUUGCUCGUAGUCACUGAAAACAGCUUUAUUCUUGUGCACUAUUCACAAUUGUUCAAGAAUACUGACACUGUCACUUAGUUGUUGUUAUUAAGACAUAGACCUGUUCAUUGCAGGGUAUGCUUGUUUUAUACAUAGAAGAGAAUAUGCUGAUACAGAAGGACAUGCUGACUUGCUAUGAACAGUACCACACCCUGAUAUGGCUAUGGAACUUGCAAUGGACUCACACCUCACUACCAUUAGGAAAAAGGGAUACAUAUUAACCCCUAUGUGCUUGAAUAACAGGAAAAGGGGAGUUCAAUAAUAGGAUGGUGAGAACACCCAGUGUGUCCUUGAAAUAAUCCAAAACUGACCCCAAGCAGAAAUCCAGGGAAAGAUAUAACAAUGUCAAACUGAUAUGAGACAGUGACUGAGGCUUAGCAUGUUGUCAGGAUAGGUUGUUGGUCUUCUAUUGGCAACCAGAUCUGGAAAAAAUCACAUAUAUAUUAACUAAUAAUUUCCAUGAAAACGUGAAACUGUGUACAAAAAUGGGUUCAAUGCGGCACUGGUUGGCUCUAAAUAACUGUAUCAAACGUCAUGUAUUGAUCACUUGAUUUUGAUACAUCUCAGUUUGUUCAAAGACAAAAAGUCCGCAAUGAACUGAAAAUCUCUCUCUGGUCACAUCAUUUCCUCUAAAUCAAGAUUUGUAGUCAGUGCAUGUCAGUGAGAUAGCCUAAUAAACCUAGCUGGCCAAAUUAGUUAUGGCGAGCCAGCCAGGAAAAACCUACACUCAGAAGAAAUAAUCAGAGCAGAGAGGGGUCUUCAGUUCAUUGCAGAUUUAAGAUGUGUUUAACACAAUAUUUCUAUACAGUAUUGCAUCUAAAAGUCACCAUAGUAGCCAGCAGAUGGUAGUUGCACUGAUCAAAUGUUUUGUUUGAAAUUCGAUUUUAAAAAGUUCCAACGUGUCAGUGUGAGAUUCAGGAACACUUACCUACAAACUAACAACAUUCAGUUUCCAUGUGUUUUGGCUGCAACUGAGAAAGUGUUCAGUUGGUACUUUUAAUGUAAAGGUGCUUAUUAUUCCUUUAUGUGUGUUGAUGUUUUAGAAUUUUUUCAUGUACAGCAGGGUUUCAAAUCCUUGAAUGCAUUUGAAACAUCCUUUGCAAACAGAUGUUUGUUCUAACCUGCUGGCUAAGCCUUGCUGCUGAAAGUUCCUCACAUUUUAACCAUCAUUGUUCUGUGACCUGGUUACUGGGUAUUUGAACUGUCGGAAUAUGUUACACACUUACAGAAGGAUGUUUAUUCUUAUAACUGGUGAGGAAAUUAGGUGUACUGCUAUUUCUACUGUUUGCUGUAUGGACUUACUGAGCUGAAGUGCCAAUUGAUUCAAUAAAAUGUUCUGCCUAAGUAUUCUUGUGUUCAUUGAUGAUUUUUGAAAUGUGAAAAACCAUAAUUAAAAAUGUCGUGGUGAGCUGGUAGAAACACUUGAAUGAACAAGUUGGAGAUGAUAAAUUAAUAUAAAUCAGAAAGUCAAAUCUGUGACCUAUAAAAUUUAUACUAUUGGCUGGUAUGUCCCUAAUUUAUGAAAUAUUGCCCACAGAAGGUGAUAAAUCACUCAAAAU